CAACUUCAUAAACUGUAGGAUACGCGGGGAAAAUGUCCUUAGUGUGCCGUAUCUGCAAUCUGGAGGCAAAGAAUUUUAAGAAUCUAUUCGACAAUGAGAGCCUCGAAAUCCUCAACAAUAUAUUCAAGCUAACAGGAAUUUCAUUAACGGAUCAGGAUGGUGUUCCUAACAGAAUAUGUUCGGCUUGUUCAUUGGAUCUCGAUGGUGCCAUUGCCUUCCGGGAACGAUGCUUAAUUACGAACAACUAUUGGAUCAAGAAGAGCAAGGAUGCCGGUGAUUUGGAGAUUCCAGAAAUGGUACAACUGAAAGCUAGUGAUAGAAAAAUAAAUCAGGAAGCAAAAAUUUCUUGUAAUGUGGAAGGAAUUAUUUCUGAGACCACGGAUGAUACCUCUUUAUUCUCCCCACCUACUGGCAAUGAUUCGGAUCCUCUGAUGAAUGAGAAUUCUAUAAAAAUAGAACCAGUCACUGAAAAGGACACUCCAACUCGCUAUCUAACUUCGCGUGGAUCCGACCUAGUAAACGUUGCUUGUGGUAAUCCUGAAAUUACUUUGAAAGAACCAAUUGUUUGUAAAAAGCGAGGAAGACCAACUAAAGCAAAAGAAAUAUUUAAAAACACAUCCGGAAAGCGCAACCUCGAACAAGGACACUACAUUUGCGAUCAGUGCGGGAAAACUUUCAGUGAGAAGGGAAACUUCAAUGUCCAUCUAACUCGGCAUAUGGGAGUUAAACAGUUCCAAUGCCAGGAGUGUGAUCGCAGCGAAUUUACGAUGCAUUUGCUAAAGCUCCACGUUCGAAUCAAGCACCGGGGCGAACUGCCCUACGUUUGCAAGUAUUGUGGCCAGCGAUUUAAAAACUGUAAUAUAAGACUGAAGCACGAGCGGCGACACAAGGAGAGCCCUGUACACAGGCCUCACCUGUGCCACAUUUGCGGCAAAGCUUUUUUGGAUAAGGAGUCACUGCGGCUUCAUAGCGUUGUCCAUACGGGGGAGCAGCCAUAUCAUUGCGAAUUGUGCAAAGUUAAAUUCAAUCGAAAAAGCAGCUUGGGAACUCAUUACCGCUCCAAAAUACACAAAAAGAAGCAGGAAGAGCAGAAUCCACACAUCCUAGACCAAAACAUAAAUGAAUAGAGAAUACUAUACU